AUGGGUGAAUGCGACCCGAACUACAAGGACGCCCAGUACGCCUAUUACCGCUAUGAUCCAAACACGGGUGCCGCCGUUCUGUUCAUCAUACUCUUCAGCAUGACCACAAUCCUCCAUAUGCUGCAAAUGAUCAAGACCAAGACGUGGUACAUGGCUGCAUUUGUUGGUGGUGGUUUAUGCGAAGUCGUAGGCUACAUCGGCCGUGCCAUAGGCGCCGGGGAAGAGCCAGGCUGUUGGUCGCUGGGUGCCUUUGUCAUCCAAUCAGUUCUUAUUCUCAUCGGCCCAGCCCUCAUGGCCGCCUCGAUCUAUAUGAUACUUGGUCGCAUUAUUCUCCUGACGGAGGGUGAGCUCUACUCUCCGAUACGCCGCCGCUGGCUCACGAAGCUGUUUGUUGGGGGCGACAUCCUCGCACUCCUUGCCCAGUCCAGCGGCGGCGGCAUCAUGAGCUCCGACGACGGGUUUGAGACGGGCGAGAAGGUGAUAAUCAUCGGUCUCUACAUCCAGCUCUGCUUCUUCGGGACCUUUGUGCUCGUCUCGGGCCUCUUUCACUGGCGCAUGAGGCGCGCACCCACGGCCACGGCUGCGAUGCCCCACGUACGAUGGGAGGCUUACCUACGCGCCAUCUACGUUGCGAGUGGACUCGUCUGGGUCCGCAGCGCAUUCCGUGUUAUCGAAUACCAUCAGGGUAACGGCGGAUAUCUCAUCAGCCACGAGGUCUGGAUCUAUUUGUUUGAUGCGUUGCUCAUGUUCGGCACUAUGGUGUGGCUGAACUGGUACCACCCCGCCGAAAUUGGUAUACUACUGCGCGGCGAGAUGACAACCGCGAAGAAUGGUCUCGAACUUGUCGGGCUUAACUUGCCGUUGGGUCGUCGAUCGUCGAGCAAGGGAACUAGGAUCAGCAAUGAGGCACUUGCCUAA